AUGGCUCCAGCCAUCAAAGCCAGACCGUCGAGGUCUUCGCCCAUGCAAGGCACCGACUUUGGCAACUCCUUGCGUUCGACAGCGAGGCCGCAGCCAACCUUUUACGACAGCGUCGCCAACCCUGUGGCGCAGCACGACAAUGAUCAUGCCCACUUCAGAGAUAUCGAAAUCUUACCGACCACUGAUGAGAUCCUAGCGGUCGGACGUCCCAUAUUUAUGCCAAAGAAAGACGAUGGGUCACCGAAUCCCAUCAGCCCUGGACCAGAGCGCUUCUUGGACCUGCAAUUCCGUCACCUUCGCUUCGAAAGCACAGAGAGCAUCAAAGACAUCUGCUAUUCCGCUGCUCAGAGCGCCUUCCUUAACCCAAAUCGAAUCGCCAACGACCACUAUGCCGAUACACAUGCACAGAACAGCCUGAUCUCCGCGCCUCAACAGCCCUGUAAUCCACAUGUUAUGAUCAGAAAGGACACGCCCUCUGGAAAUCCCUACUUUCUCUAUCAAAAUACUCGAGUCGAGGAGUUGGAAGCGCAUGAGCGUCAUGGCGUCCUUGUUCGCCUGUCCUACGAUUGUCCGACUUUCAUGAGAGGCAGAAUAUUUGCUGACACGGGCCGCCUCGAGCAAGGCAUGCUACUUAGCCUUCUUUGUCACGAUCGCACCAAGAACGAGCUUUCAACUCACUUCCUCUCUAUCCACAUGGCACAGAGCACGAUGUCAAUGGAACCAAGAUCUGGCAAAGGACGCCGAGCCGCAGUGCAAGCUGCGUUCCUGCCAGGAGCUACCAAGGAAGACGCAAUUGAGUUUGCCAGACUUGCCCAACAUCUUGAGCCGGAUAUCGAGAUGGUUAUGGUAGAGUUCCCGAAAAUGCUUCCAACCGGCUUCUGCAGCCCUCUUAGGAGGCUACAAGAGAUGAGCGGAUUCGCCUUCGACCAAUAUCUGGCACCUAAGAGAGAUCUUGAGAGCAUAAAGGUGACAAGACAGCUCAAGCUCUCUGGCCAUGCUGUGUCUCACUUGGUAUGUCAGCGACCGGAGUAUAGCAGCGCACGAGAUUUCGAAUACGAUCUGUCCUCUAUUCUACUCAAUGUUGAUAACAACGCGAAGACCACUUUCACUGUUGACGAGCUUUCGUACCAAUCUACCAUCGACAACCUCCUGACUUCCAGUACUCUCGAUGAAGGCCAAAUUCAUGCUCUCACACACAGCCUGCGAAAUGAAUUUGCUUUCACCCAAGGCCCUCCCGGCACUGGGAAGACUUAUCUUGGUAUUCAGCUUACACGAGUCUUGCUGGACUCUCGUCCUGGUAAACCUAUUCUUGUCGUUUGUCUCACAAAUCAUGCCCUGGACAGCUUUCUUGCUGGACUCAGAGAUGAAGGUAUCAAAAAUCUUCUUCGAAUCGGCAACGGAAGCAAGGAAGACUGGACACAAGCCUUCAAUCUCAGAGAGAAGACUAGAAAGGCUCGCCUGACUCCCAAUGAGCAGCAAGUCAAACGUCGACUUCGAGAGCGCCGCAACACUCUUUUCGCAAACAUUCAUGACUGGUGCCGCAGUGCCUCAUCUCAAUCACUGACCGGUAGAGCAGGAUGGUAUGCGGUUGAUAAACUCCUGGCAGCCACCGAGCCAGUGCUUCAUCGGCAACUCAAGCUUACGGAUAAUCGUGCCUCGCAGAAGUUCCUUUUUGAUCACUGGGUCGAGGGCGGUGAUCUCAAGGCGCUUCGCCAGCUCCGCGAUAGACUUAUAUCAAGUCAUCAGGGCGGUGAUCAUUCCAAGUCCAGUCCUGGUCCCGGACCAGACGAGGUACUUGAGAGUGUCUGCAAGGCCGCUGAAGUGCUCGUCCCGCAAACCGGCGCUAAGAGUGUAUGGCAAAUGACUCCUGACGAGAGACGUGCUACUCUGGACAAGUGGCACACCGAUAUUGACCCCGAGCAGCUAGCUAUGUGUCUUGCGAAUGACUUCGCUGAUUACCAGGCCACCAAAGCAGGUCUUGAGGCGGUCAGAGACAGCCUAGACGUCCGCGUCUUGAGCCAAGCGUCAGUCAUCGGAAUCACAACUACUGGUUGUGCCAGUCGUUGGGAAAUCCUAAAGGCCCUCGGAAUCGAAGUCGUCAUCUGCGAAGAAGCUGGAGAAGUUAUGGAACCACACGCUCUGUGCGCACUUCUACCCAGCCUUCAGCACGCCAUUUUCAUUGGCGAUCCGCUUCAGCUCAGACCUGAGGUAUCUGAACAGCGACUGACUCUGGAACGAUCCCACGACUAUCGUCUGAACGAGUCCCUCUUCGAGCGAAUGAUAACACCACUCGAUCCUUCCGCAUCGGGUCUGUCAUUUGCUCAAUUGACCAUCCAGCGCCGGAUGCAUCCCGCCAUCGCUGACAUCGCAAGGCUCAUCUACCCAAGCCUCCGUGAUCAUGAGUCCACUCGCUCGCGCGAAGCUACCAUCGGUGUCGAACCUCGAAUCUUUUGGUGGGACCAUCGGGUCCCUGAGCUCAGCGAGACCAGUAACACCAAGUCUCACAUCAACGAGCAUGAAGUCAAUAUGGUUGCUGGUCUCGUUCAGUAUCUCCUGAAAGGCAGUGGCUACCGCCCAGGCGACAUCGCCGUCUUAACACCAUACUCGGGUCAGCUUGCAGAGUUCUACAAAGCUCUGAACAAGACUUGUAAGGUCUGGCUGAAUGAAGAAGACCGCAAGCUGCUACUUAAAGAAGAACAACUUGACAUCGAACCAACCGAGCUGCGCAAGAAGGACGAAGUGAAAAUGUCAGACUUGCUGCGGAUCACUACGGUCGACAAUUUCCAGGGUGAAGAGGCGGCGGUCGUCAUUCUCAGUACCGUCCGAAGUGGCACACGUCCGGGCUUCUUGAAGAGUGAGAAUCGCAUCAACGUCGCGUGCAGCCGUGCGCGUAACGGCUUCUACAUCAUUGGGAAUUCCCUGACUCUCAGCUCCGUCCCGAUGUGGCGUGGAGUGUUAGAUGUCUUUGGCAGUCGGCGCGGCACCAGUCUCAUGACCUACUGCAACAACCACCCCGAGUAUCGAUUCUCUGUCAAAGAACUUGACAACCUGAAUCUUCAAGGCGUCUACAAGGUGGAUGAAUCGGGCACAAUAGCUGGAUAUGGAAUUGGGCCUUUCACCAACUUGCAUGAACCGACAUGUACCUGUGGCAGACUUUGUCCUAGCGUACACCGCUACAGUGUUAUCCACAAACUGGUGGGCAUUGAUGCUGUUAUGAAGAGAUUGUUCGAAACCAUCAUUGGAGGCAAGGUCUGCUCAUUCGCUGCGCAGGUUUCCCGCGUCGAAAAUGAUUUGCGCAAGAGCCUCGAGGCUUGGAAGUCUGGAGUACGACCGGAGGCAAUUGCAAGUGCAAUGAAUUCGAGGAAGAUUCAGGAGAGAGCGGACGAGCUUCUGGAGCUGAAGGGAAAGAUUGCUGAGUACAACGAUAAGUUCGUUGUACCCGUCGAGAAGGCCAUCACCCAGCUUCGAUAUGCCAUGCCUUCGGUCUUCCCAUACCUUCCAACCGCUCACCUUCGUCUUGGUGUUAUCAUCCUGCGGCUAUCCAGCGUCAUGGUUGGCGACAAUAUUGCCAUGGCGCAGUACCUAUCAACGCUGCCGGAUCCGGCUCUGAUGACCCAGCGGAUGAGUGAAGUGCUCCUGCAAGCCACCGUCAACGGUGCAGAGGCCAGCCGGAAGCAAUGCAUUAAGCUCCUGGAAGAUGAAGCUUUGAAAAAAGUUCCAGCAUUAGCCUGCGAGCUGCAGUUGCGACAGAUCCAACUCUGGCUCUUGGUGGACUGUGGACUCGAAGCGAUGCCAAGCGAGACACUGCUCGCCGAAAACAUAAACGCCCCAAUCGACCACAAGCUCGAGGAUAUUCCGGACAUGCUGGAUAUCCUCGAUGCUGUACUCGACUCGAGCAAACGCUAUCCUCAAACCUGCAGCUCCUUUAGUAGUGCCACCACAAACUUCAAGCACCUUCUAGGGAACAUCAUCGAGGGCCAAAGCGUAGGGACGGUGCCGGGCAUUGAUAUCACAAGUGCUCGCAAGGUCGAACGCCGCUUUCGUGAGUAUGUCGGCGCCAAAAGAAUUACUGUCUGUGCAGAAAAUCAUCCGUACUUCGAGGAUGUUUUCGGAAAGAACGGCUGCCCUGACUGUGGCAAGAAGGUCGAGCUUGACGAGGAAGUCUUUCGCCACAGUGGCAAGUUCUUGUUCGAGAACGACUUCCUUGCCGCAAUAGAAACCAUGAGCCUGCACUCGGCCCCGCAGACAUCGCCCAUGCUUUCAGAGGGCGGAAAUUUCACGAGUACCAAUGUUGCCCGGGUAGCAGAAGUGCAUGCCAAUGGGACAGCAUCUGCCCCGGUGACAUCGUCCAAUGCGGCUGCCGCCCUUGUGACUGAGGAUAGCGCAGACGCCUGUAGCGAUGCGACCACUGAGGUCCUCGACGACAACCAAGCGACGCCUGCUAAGGCCACCGUCUCUAACGGUCAAGGCAAAUCCUCUAAGCCCGGUGGGACAGAUGAAGACGCGUUUCUCCAAGCUAUGGUUGGUCAGGGAUGGUCAUUCAAGAGCGAAAAUGACGAGGCGGGCGGACGGUCACUUCCAAGGGCUCAGAAGACGCCUGAAGAGCGCUUCCUGGAGAGCAUGAAGAGACUAAUGGCCGACAAGGAGAACGCGAAAUAG